AUGGAUGUGAAAGCAGUCGAAAAGAAGCGUAAGAAACACAAAACGAGUGUUCAGAAACCACAUGGAAAAACGAGAGACCCCAGUAAAGUUCGUAAGCACAAAAGCCAUGGGACGCAAAACAAAAAGCACAAGAAGCGUGGAUCGAAAUCUCGCUCGAAAAGUAAGAAGAAGAGUGGAUUUUUGUGUUGCAAAAAGAAAAAGAAGAAGCGUUCGAGAAAAAGUAAAUCAAAAACUACACAUAAGCAACCUAGAAUGAAGCCGAUAGCACCGUUACCUCCGGUGCCCAAUGAGCAACUUGGAGAAGUCGUUUUAGUUGGGAACACUCCGAAAGUUCCAGUCACACCACAAAAGCAGGAAAAAGAGCCACUUACACCAGAAAAAGAAGGGGUGAAACCAACGACAGCUAAAUCAGCGGAAGAUGUGAAACCAUCAAAAGAAAAAAUUGGAAGUGAAAAAGAUGAAAAAGGAGAGAAAACUAAAGUAGAUUCAACAAAUGGGAGUAAAAAGGAUGAAAAGGAGAAAACCGAUCAAAAAUCUGAAAAUCAAGAGAAUGAGAAGAAGAAAACGAUAGAAGUGGAUAAGCUUCUGGAUGAAAUAGAGAAAAAUGAAAUUGAUAUGAGCGCACUGAAACCGUUGGGUGAGAAACUUCUGGAUCCGAAAUCGACUUUAGCAGUUAGUGAUUGGAACCAAGUUUCUGGUUACAUUCCUAACCAUGUUUCGAAAAGAAACUUCCUUGCAAACAUGUCGAAAAACCGAUUUGCCGACAUCAUUUGUAUGGAUCAUUCACGUGUGAAAAUGUCAGAUUCCUCGUAUAUUCAUGCUAAUUGGGUCAAACUGAAUGACCGGAAAAAGGCGAUUCUGACUCAAUUUCCUCUACCAAAUACUGCUGCUGACUUCUGGCAAAUGUUAUUGGAACAGAAGGUUCAGUGUGUUCUUCUUAUCAUGACAGAUCAAGAAUACAAGAGUUUUGACGGGGAUUCUGUAUUUCCGAAGAAUCAAGACUUCUUAAGUUUCGAAGAACGAUCGAUUCGAGUUGGAGAAUUCAAGCAAGUUGAGAUGGCGAAAGGAUGGAAUUUGAAGGUUAUCAGUGUCACGAAUGGAACUUCCAAGACAUUCAUUCACGUCCAUCACUACAAAAACUGGCUUCACGAUUCGAUUCCAUCUGAAUCAAAACACAUUUGGCAGUUGCAGUAUCAUCUUGAAAAGUACCCUGGACCGCCCGUCUUCAUGAGUCUCUCGGGGUGUGGAAGAGCUGGAACUUAUGCUCUUUUUGAAAGUGCCAACUUUUCUCUGCUAAAGAGACAAGCUGUUAAUGUGCCGAAAUCUCUUAAAAAUUUGAGAAAUGGACGACUUCACUCUGUUCAAAACGUCAAUCAAUUCUCAUUUGCCUGCAUGAUGGUUGGUGAACAGAUUGCCGCUGAUGGUUGCUGCAAUCGAAUUGGCAAAGAUCAAGAGAACAGUAUAACCACCAUUUUGAGACAACUCACAAUUCAAUAG